AUGCGAUCUUCUGGAGUGUGUCGCUCCUUGACUGGCAUCUGGAGGUCACCGGCUCAAAGAUAUUUCCCACUAUCGGGUGUAGCUUUGAAACAUACCUCAAGCCAGACUUCGAAUAGCGAAUUUUCAACUUUGAAGUCAGAUAAUGUAAGAUCUUUGCAUACAAACCAUGUGCAAAACCCACUGGAAAAUGCUGGGCCAGAAAGAUGGAGCUUUAAUUUUGGUGGCAAUAAUAAGCAAAAUUCGAUCUCAAGGCGCAAAGAGGCCCAUGAACCUGUUACUGAGGAAAGUGUCAAAUUAUCCAAAUGGUCCACCUAUACAAUGCCUUCCAAGCAGACGCUUGCCAAACAGCAGGAGCAAGGUGAGUUGCAGAAAAAGGAAGCGAGUGAAAAAAUAGCCGGGCAUCAGAUAAAGAAACCAAAGAGGAAGCUGAGACCUCGUAAGGCGUUAAUUUCGCUGACUCCCAACGCCAUCGUACACUUGAAACUACUGUUGAACCAACCAGAACCAAAAUUAAUAAGGAUAGGAGUUAAGAAUCGUGGCUGUUCCGGGUUGACUUACGACUUGGAAUACACGUCGGCACCCGGUAAAUUUGAUGAGGUUGUAGAACAAGAUGGUGUGAAAGUGAUUAUAGACUCCAAAGCACUAUUCAGCAUCGUGGGGAGUGAAAUGGACUGGAUCGACGAUAGGCUGUCGUCUAGGUUUGUAUUCAAAAAUCCAAACUCUAAGGGAACAUGUGGGUGUGGUGAAAGCUUUAUGGUCUGA